AUGCUUAGAUCUUUUAAUUCUAAUGGAUUGAAGGUUUAUUCUUUAUCUUCCGGCAAAUCCAUACCACAAUUUGCUCUGGAAGCCCUGAAAAACAAAAAUAAACUCAAGAAAAAUGUGGAAUAUGAGCAUAGAAUAGAAUUAAUUCAUGAUUUGGAAUUUCCACAGUGUUGUGGCACAGUCACAAUAUCUCCAGAUUUACGCUAUAUUAUAGCAACGGGUUCUUAUCCUCCUCAGGUACUAUAUUCUACAUCACAACUACUCUAUUAUACAAUAAUUGGAAUCUAUGAUACUUUGGAAUUGUGCUUAAAACAUCGCAGAGGAAUUGAUAAUGAAGUGAUUAAAACAUGUUUCCUAGCCUCAGAUUAUACCAAAUUAGCCUUUCUGUGCCAUCAAAGGUUUAUAGAAUUUCAUAACCGUGGUGGUACUCACUACAAAAUAAGAGUACCCAGAGAAGGAACUGAUAUGAUUUAUGUAUCAGAUUAUGCAAGUCUUUUAACCACUACAACAUCCAAUAAAAUCUACAGAGUGAAUCUUGAAAAAGGAAUGUUCGAAGAACCUCUGGAAUCAAGUUCAUCAUCACUUAAUUGCGUUUGUGAGAAUCCAAUUCUACCAUUAGUCUCAGCUGGAGGUUGUGGAUUAUUGGAAAAUUGGGAUUUACGCACUAAUUCACCGGUCUCAUCUCUCACUCUCCAAGAUCAAAAUGAAAAAGUUACUGCAUGUGGUUAUUCUGUUAAUGGAUUAAAAGUGGCAGUUGGUACUGAAUUCGGUUCUGUAAAGUUAUUUGAUAUUAGAAAUUCUAAGCCACUUUGGCAAUAUAAUUCCGUCUCCAAAUUACAAAUCAAAUCAUUACAAUUUAUUAAUUCAAUUAAUCACUAUUCAAUAGAAAUUGGAGAAAAUUCAUUGAUUGGAUUUUGUGAUAAUAGAAGUGUACGAGUCCACUCAAUGGAUAACGGUAAUUUUGUAGCAUCAAUUGAAGGUCUAACAAGUGAAAAGCAAACAUAUGCUAAUAUUAACGGUUUCUCCUUCUACCCUGACACUGGUAUUUGUUUCAUUGUUGGCGAUCAAACUAGAGUUGGAACGUAUUUCAUACCACAUAUAGGUCCAGCACCAACGUGGUGUACAUUUUUGGAAAAUAUAACAGAGGAAAUGGAAGUACCAAAUGCUACUAAUACAGGCUUACCACCAAAACAACAAAUUUAUGACGAGUAUGUGUUUGUAACCAAGGAACAACUCGAUGAACUCUCAGCAUCAGACCUAAUUGGAACCAACAUGGUCAAAGACUACAUGCAUGGCUUUUUUAUACAGUCAAAACUAUACCAUAAACUCAAAAGUAUGAAUGAAUUUGAUUAUGAAGAAUAUAAGAAUAAGAAAUUACAAGAAAGGAUUGAGUCAAAGAGACAAAUGAGAGUACCAAUAAGGCAAAAACCAGUCAAAGUUAACCAAGAAUUUGCACAGAAAUUACACACAAAAUCACAAAUCAACCAAGAGAAAAUGAGUAAAAAGGAAAAAGAAAUGGCGAUGAUGGCAAAGGCGGCAUUGGAGGAUGAGAGAUUUGCAAAAAUAUUCACAGACGAAAACUUCACUAUAGAACAAAUUAAUACACACUAA